AUGACUUUUUGUUGUGAAUCGGUCCGGCAACUAUAGUUGCUCGGUUGAAGUUACCUGCAGCGGUGGGAUUGGCUACUUCCGAGUGGCGCGUGCUGGGUGAACAUGUAGACGGUAUUCUAUUUGGCCUUUAGAUCUAUUUAUACUUAUAUUAUGGCCGAAUUAGACUAUUGGAAAUAGAAAGUCCAUAGACAUUUCAGUUCAGUAUAUUUGGCUUUGCGGUGUAGCUUUUUUAUUCGCUCUGUUGUGGUAGUAGGCUAAGAUAACGCCAGCUGUAGCGAGCAAUUUCGCCUGAGGAUCCCAAAGAAACCGUCUGGUUGCAGUUCUCUACAGCGGCUACCGGUUGUCGGCAGGCUAUUUGCUGCGACUGAUGCGAAGCGGCUAGUGAGGCUGGAGAGAGUCAAGCAAGAGAGCUGUGCUGGGUGUCUGCCCCCUUUGUAGUGGGAUCAGGAUCAGGACUAUGGUUCAUGUUCAUCAUAGAGACAUGUAGCACUUCACUGCCUCAGUAUCUGGACACCUGGACACCUCCAGACACCUGAACACCUCCGAACACCUGAACACCUCCGAACACCUGCCUAGCCUGCUGUCUACUCAUGAUUUCUGUGUGGUAACUGUGGCGAUCUGCUGCUGCUGCUGUAGCCAUGUUUAGGAACAGCUUGAAGAUGUUGCUGACGGGCGGCAAGGCCAACCGCAAGAAACGCAACAGUGAUGGAGGGAGUGAGGACCUGCCAGAACCCCGAUCGCCCAGUGUAGAGCACCACCACCACCUGAGCCACACCGGUCAAGGUGGUAGUAUAGACAGUGACUGUGCCUUUGAGGGCGACUAUGCCCUUCCGCCUCUCUCUAUGACCGAGGGCAUGCAGCACAUCCGCAUCAUGGAGGGCGUUUCACGCUCCCUGCCCUCCUCCCCACUGCUCACACACCAGACCAUCAGUGUCCGGCUGCAGCCCACCAAGAAGCUCACAGCCCCCCUGCGGAAAGCAAAAUUUGUGGAGAGCCCUCGCAUUCCACAAUCAGAGCUUGGCUCCCCUACACACACCUCCUGCACUGCCAAGAACCACGGCCUGGAUACAUACUGUCCCGGGGAGUCAAGCGGGGAGCUGGGGCCCCCUCCGUCGGUGGAUGAGGCAGCCAACACAUUGAUGACGCGCCUGGGCUUCCUGUUGGGAGACGAAACUAGUGAGGGGCCAGACGGAGAACAUUACAGGAUGGACGAACCAGACGACAGACAGGACCUGGCUGGUAACCAGAGGAUCAGUCCGUGCUCCACCCUGACCAGCAGCACAGCCUCCCCCCCGGCCGGCUCCCCCUGCUCCACCCUGCCGCCCGGCGCCGAUGGUGCCAUGCCCGGGGGUAACCAGGGCCACAAGGACCACGCCUACGGAUCUGUCACCAGCCCCACCUCCACCCUGGAGAGCCGGGACAGCGGCAUCAUUGCCACCCUGACCAGCUACUCGGAGAACGCUGAGCGGGGGGGUAAAUACGGGGAGGGGGGUUUCUCGCGUGGCAGUAACCUGAAGCUGUGGCAGAGCCAGAAGUCUGGCACCGACUCGUUCCUGUACCGUGUGGAUGAGAAUAUGGCCGCCUCAACCUACAGCCUCAACAAGAUCCCUGAGAGACACCUAGACAGCAUGUCCUCCCACUCCGCUCACUCCAUCCCUCUGUACCUCAUGCCUCGCCCUAACUCCGUCGCAGCCACCAGCUCAGCUCACCUGGAGGACCUGACCUACCUGGAUGAUCAGAGACAAACUCCGCUGCGCACGUCGAUGCGCAUGAAUCGACAGAACACACACACCGGACCAGGCCACGCCCAGACCGACCUCAGAGCUUCUGCUAACAACCAUGCCUGGCAAUCCCAAUCACUGCGGUUUGCCCCAUACCGGCCACCUGACAUCUCCCUGAAGCCCCUCCUCUUCGAGGUGCCCAGCAUCACCAUGGACUCCGUCUUCACCGGCCGUGAUUGGCUGUUCCAGGAGGUCGAUGCCCAUCUCAACAGAGGCAACAACAUCCCCAACCUCGGUGUAGUUGUCGUGGGCAACAUUGGCUACGGCAAGACAGCCAUCAUCUCUCGUCUGGUGGCGCUGAGCUGCCACGGAACGCGCAUGAGACAGAUCGCCUCUGACUCUCCGCAGGCCUCUCCCAAACAUGGAGAGCUCCCCCUUACUCAGCCCCAGCCGGCCUAUAGCACAGGUACUCUGGGAGGGGGCAGCUGUCCCGGGACCCCUGAAAUGAGACGACGCCAGGAGGAGGCCAUGAGGAGACUGGCAUCUCAGGUGGUGGCGUACCACUACUGCCAGGCGGACAACGCCUACACAUGCCUGGUGCCAGAGUUUGUCCACAACGUGGCAGCGUUGCUGUGUCGCUCGCCACAGCUCAUCGCCUACAGAGAGCUGCUGCUCAGGGAGCCACAGCUACAGAGCAUGCUCAGUCUGCGCUCCUGCGUUCAGGAUCCCCUGGCCUCCUUCAGAAGAGGAGUUCUAGAACCCCUAGAUGCCCUCUACAAAGAGAGGAAGAUCGCCUCUGAAGAUGACCUGGUCAUCCUGAUAGAUGGGCUAAAUGAGGCAGAGUUCCACAAGCCUGACUACGGAGACACCAUCGUCUCAUUCCUCAGCAAAACCAUCAGCAAGUUUCCCCCCUGGCUCAAAUUGGUGGUCACUGUUAGGACCACAUUACAGGAGAUCACCAAGCUGCUCCCAUUCCACCAUAUCUCUCUGGAUGGUCUGGAGGAAAAUGAUGCUAUAGACCAGGAUUUACAGGGUUAUAUCCUGCACCGCAUCCACAGCAGUCCUGAGAUACAGAACAAUAUCUCUCUCAACGGCAAGAUGGACAACACCACCUUCGGCAAGCUCUCUGCCCACCUCAAGGCCCUCAGCCAGGGAUCCUACCUGUACCUAAAACUCACCUUUGACCUUAUAGAGAAGGGGUACCUGGUCCUCAAGAGCUCCAGCUACAAGGUGGUGCCCGUCAACCUGGCAGAGGUGUACCUGCUGCAGUGCAACAUGCGUUUCCCUACCCAGUCGUCCUUCGAACGGGCCCUCCCCCUACUCAACGUGGCCGUGGCAUCCCUCCACCCCCUCACUGACGAACAGAUCUACCAGGCUAUCAAUGCCGGCUCCCUGCAGGGUACGCUGGACUGGGAGGACUUCACACAGCGCGUAGACAACCUAGCCAUGUUCCUGGUCAAGAGGAGGGACGGGACAAGGAUGUUUGUUCACCCAUCCUUCAGGGAGUGGCUGAUCUGGAGGGAGGAGGGGGAGAAAACCAAGUUCUUGUGUGACCCCAGGAGUGGCCACACCCUGCUAGCCUUCUGGUUCUCUCGCCAGGAGACCAAGCUGAACCGACAGCAGACCAUUGAACUGGGACACCACAUCCUCAAAGCACACAUCUUCAAGGGCCUAAGCAAGAAGGUUGGGGUUUCCUCGUCCAUCCUCCAGGGGCUGUGGGUUUCCUACAGCACAGAGGGCCUGUCCACAGCUCUGUCCUCACUUAGAAACCUGUACACUCCUAACAUCAAGGUGAGCCGGUUGCUGAUGCUCGGUGGUGCCAACGUGAACUACCGUACAGAGGUUUUGAACAACGCCCCGGUGCUGUGUGUGCAUGCCCACCUGGGUUACAUUGACAUGGUGGGGCUGCUGUUGGAAUACGGAGCCUCUGUAGACCAGCCCUCAGAGAGCGGUCUCACCCCAUUGGGCUACGCUGCCUCUGGGGGACACAUGGCUAUAGUCAACACACUGUGUCGCAGGAGAGCCAAGGUGGACCACCUGGAUAAGAAUGGUCAGUGUGCCGUGGUGCAUGCAGCUCUCAGGGGCCACAUGGAGAUGGUCAAGUUCCUUAUCCAGUGGGACUGGGCCAUGGGACAACCACAACAGCAGCAGCAAGGAGCCUUCAGCAAGAGCCAUGCCAUCCAGCAAGCCCUCAUCGCUGCAGCUAGCAUGGGAUACACAGAGAUUGCGUCCUACCUGCUGGACCUGCCAGAGAAGGAUGAGGAGGAGGUGGAACGUGCUCAGAUUAACAACUUCGACACCCUGUGGGGAGAGACAGCUCUGACGGCAGCGGCGGGCCGGGGGAAGCUAGACGUCUGCAGACUACUGCUGGAGCAGGGAGCAGCGGUGGCUCAGCCCAACAGACGAGGCAUCGUGCCCCUGUUCAGUGCUGUCCGACAGGGAAACUGGCAGAUCGUGGACCUACUCCUUACUCACGGAGCAGACGUGAACUUGGCUGACAAGCAAAGCCGAACCCCUCUGAUGAUGGCUGCCUCAGAGGGUCACCUGGGCACUGUGGAGUUCCUACUGGCACAGGGUGCAUCCCUACCUCUAAUGGACAAGGAAGGGUUAACGGCUCUGAGCUGGGCAUGUCUGAAGGGACACCUGCCAGUGGUGCGCUGUCUGGUGGAGAGGGGGGCUGCUACGGACCACGCUGAUAAGAACGGACGCACGCCCCUCGACCUGGCUUCCUUCUACGGGGACUCGGAGGUGGUCCAGUUUCUAGUGGACCAGGGGGCGAUGAUAGAGCAUGUGGACUACAGUGGGAUGCGUCCUCUGGACCGGGCCGUGGGCUGCAGGAACACCUCCGUGGUGGUUGCCCUGCUCAAGAAGGGAGCCAAGAUAGGUCCAGCCACGUGGGCCAUGGCUACCUCCAAACCCGACAUCAUGAUCAUCCUACUGAGCAAGCUGAUUGAGGAGGGAGACGGCUUCUAUAAAAAAGGGAAAGUAAAGGAGGCAGCACAGCGCUAUCAGUACGCCCUCAAAAAGUUCCCCCGUGAAGGCUUCAGUGAGGACCUCAAGACUUUCAGGGAGCUCAAAGUGUCCAUCUUCCUCAAUCUGUCCCGAUGUCGGAGAAAAAUGAACGACUUUGGGAUGGCUGAGGAGUUUGCUACAAAGGCGCUUGAAUUGAAACCAAAAUCCUACGAAGCAUACUAUGCCAGAGCACGUGCCAAGCGUAGUAGCAGACAGUUCCCUGAGGCCUUGGAGGACCUGAAUGAAGCCAUGAAGCAGAGCCCCAACCACUGUGAGAUCCAGCGCCUCCUGCAGCGAGUAGAGGAGGAGUGUCGACAGCUCACCCAGGAGGAGGAGGAUGCACAAAAGCUGGAGCCUCCCCCAUCUCCUCCCCCAUCACCUCCCCCAGAGGAGGGAGAGGAGGAGGAGAUGUCCCUGUCCUCCCUCCCCCUCCCCCUGGAGCUCCCCCCUCCCCCGGAGCCUCGGCUGGAGGACAUGGAGCCGGUCCAGGAUCUGUUUGAAGACGAGGACUAUCUGGAGCAGGAGCUGGAGGCCAUGUCUAUGGGGAGUAUGGGUUCUAUGGGUCUGGCCCUCGAGAGGGAGCCCCGCUCCAACCCCUCCAGUCUGCCUGUCAUCCAGAGCCCACCUCUCUCUCCGACCAACCACCACCACCCCUACCAUCACCAGGACCAGACCUACCUGUCAGGGGGCUCCCCCAUGGGCCAGGCUUACGACUAUGGCCACCCCAGCCCCACCUCCAUGUCCUCCCCCGGCAGCCAGAACUACCAGCCACCGUCACCCCCCUCCCUCUCCCCCACGCACCACAACUCCCACUAUCGACACAGCCCUCCACAGACCUCCCCGGUCCACCAGACCACCUACCACUUCAGCCCCCCGCCCAUGGGAGGCAAUGGAGGAGUGGGUCAGGGGAUGGACCACGGAUACCAGAGUCCCCCGCUCUCCCCCCUGCGUCGGGGUGGGGUACAGAGCCAGUACAGAGCCAGCCCCCCGGUGGAGAGUGUGUGUCUGUACAGGUCCCAGUCUGGCUCUCCGGUGCGCUACCAGCAGGAGCAGCCUCCCCUGUCCAAGAUGAGCAGCCAGAGGUCCUUCCAGCUGAGCUCACAGCCCUCCCUGCACCACCAGGCCUCCCUGCACCACCAGGCCUCCCAGCACCAUGACACCCUCCAGACACACCAGCACCACCAGGCCCAACUGCACCACCAGGUCUCCCAACAGCACCACCAGGCCCAGCUACACCACCAGGUCUCCCUGCACCACCAGGACUCCCUGCACCACCAGGGCCUGCGUCUCCAGCCCUCCAUGGCCCAGAUUGUUCGCACCAACCAGCCCAGCAACGCAUACGGCCAGAUGGGCCACCCCAUGCGCUACCAGGGGGGCUCCAUGGACGUGCCGAUGGAGAGCCAGAGCCGGUUGAUGUACCAGCCCUCCCUGGAUGGUCGCGCCAUGCCCCAGUCCAGCCUCUCAGCUGGGGCCCUCUGUCAGCAUGGGGGCCGAGGAGGGGUCAUAGAGGGCCUGAUGAAGGACGAGCUAACCCAGCGCCCCUCCUCUGCCUACCGUGCCAGCAGUGGGGGGGGACAAGGGGGCCAGCUCCAGGGGGGUGUCCGCUAUAGCCAGACUCCCCAGAUUAGCCGCAGCCAGUCGGCCGCCUACUACCCUGUCGCCAAGCAUGAGCUGGAGCGUCAGAACAGUGCCAUGCCUCAGUGCCAGCUGGGAUCGCCAGAGAUCGGCCACAUGGUGAGGCGGCCCAUCAGUGCCACUACCCCAGAGAUCAAACCGCACAUGUCCACUCCGCGGCCGCUCAUCCACUCCCAGAGCGUGGGCCUCCGCUUCUCCCCGUCCAGCAACAACAUCUCCACGGGGGGCUCCAGCUGUAAUCUAGCCCCAGGCUUCAGGCCUUCCUCUUCCAUCCAGGGGAUGGAAAUCCCGCUGCAGGUGGCCUACGAGGACUACGAGGGGUACGAGCACUCCUGUAACGAUGACAUCUCCCCAAUCUCGCCGGCCCAGGGUGGUGGGGGGCUGUACCAGGGCGAGGGCACCCGCUCACGGACCACGCCCUUCAUGGGCAUCAUAGACAAGACGGCGCGGACUCACCAGACUCAGUACCUGCAGCAGCCCUCGUCCCAGCGGCCCUGGGCCAUGACCUCCAUGGACUCUGGCAUCAGCCCCACGUCGCCUGGCCAGCUGAUCCAGCAGGGCUCGUCCUACAGCCCCCCGACCUCGCUGGGGAACAUCGCCUACUACAACAAGACUAACAACGCCCAGAACGGACAACUCCUGGAGGAGGACUACUACCCCCAGCAGCAGCAGUCCUCCCUGGGCAAGCUGGCCAAUGGUGGCUCCCGGGGCGGAGGAGGGGACAUCCUGGAGAGGGUGAGCCAGGUGCCCACCUAUCCAGACGUGAAAGUGGCCAGGACUCUGCCCGUAGCUCAGGCCUACCAGGACAACAUGUACCGACAGCUCUCCCGUGAUAUCUCCCGUGACUCUAGGCAGGGCCCCACCUCCCCCAUCAAACCAAAGAGACCUUUUGUGGAGUCGAAUGUGUGAAUGUCCACGGCCGAACUGGGCGUGUGAGUGGGAGGGGAGGAAAGGGGGAGGGGGGAAGUUGAGUUGGGCUGGAGACCUUGUCUGACAUUGAUGAGCACAUAAUAAAAAGACAGAGUAAAGCCCCACUCACACAGAAAGCAGUGUCUACAAUAGGCACACACUGGCUGUAGAGUUCUAGUCAUACAGUACAUAGAUACUAAAUACUAAUACGUGAGAGAUUGUACUAUUUUGUUGGUAAACUUCAACUCUGCACACAUUGAAACAGAAAGAUAUGACAUUGAAAGGUGAUGACAGGGCCAGUGCUGAUCACACCCAGGGUCAGAGACCCUAACACUUUUAUA